AGAAAAGUGUUGACAAAAACACGAUCUUACAUUCUAGGGUUUCCAACACUUUUCUGCAAAUAGCCAAACUCUGAAGAUCUCACAAAUCGAUCUUGUGUAAUUGAUUGGCGGAGAUAUGGCGCGAGAUCGGGAACUGUCACGGUCGCCGUCGUAUAAGCGGCGGAGGUAUUCGAGGUCGCCGUCGCCGGUGGGACACAGGUAUAGCAGCCGGAGGUAUAGAAGCCAUAGAGAUCGAAGCAGCCGGUCUCCUUAUUCGUAUAGCAGCGGUUUCUUGUGAUAAAAGAUGGAGCUCACUCUUUGUACUUAGCAUUAUGAGAGGUAACCGUAAAUUGCUUUUGCCUCUAUUGUGCUAGGUCAGAUGGUAUAGUGCGUAUGGUCUUAUCUGUAGCUUUACACAUUAAGCCAUUGCUCAUAUUAUAUUGUCUUUACAGGCGGAGAAGCCGCUCGAUAUCUCCACGCCGCCACCGGAAAAGUCCUUCACCAGUUCCAAGGCGGCAUAAAAGACAAAAAAGCAGGAGUACCUCAUUGUCUCCUGUAGCUAAGUCUCCUAGUAUUGGGCCUACGGAGCGCAAAAUUGUCACUGUAAAAACGAAAAUUGAAGAUGAAGAACAAAAGAAAAGGCGGCAGCAAGAAGCAGAAUUGAAGUUGGUGGAAGAAGAAACUGCAAAUAGAGUUGAAGAGGCUAUUAAGAAGAGAGUGCAAGAGAGAUUGAACUCUGAUGAUAUUAAGCUGGAAAUUCAUAAGCGGUUGGAAGAGGGGCGGAAACAAGUUCUGAUUGAUGUUGCAGCUCAACUUGAGAAAGAGAAAGAAGCUGCGAUUAUUGAGGCUAGACGAAAAGAGGAAGAAGCUCAAAAAGAGAAAGAAGAGUUAGAACGGUUGGUUCAAGAGAACCGAAGGAGGGUUGAAGAAGCUCAAAGGCGGGAAGCAUUAGAGCAACAAAGGAGGGAGGAAGAACGUUACCGGGAACUGGAAGAGCUUCAAAGACAAAAAGAAGAAGCUCUACUAAGAAAAAAGCAGGAGGAGGAAGAAGAACGAGCAAAGCAACAAAAAGUGCUCGGUAAGAACAAAUCCCGUCCCAAGCUGUCUUUUGCAAUCGGUUCCAAAUAAAUUGUUCGCGUUUCAUAACCUUGAGAUCAAGAAUCAUUGAAUCGUUCAAAUCUUGUACCAAAUUACCUUCAGUUUGUAACAAGUUAGUUUUUUACAUAUUUUGGACCAUCUUCAAUUAUAACAUUCAUUUCCGUCUCACAAAGGGUAAAUGAUAUUGACUAGUGCCUGUU